GCAAGCUGACUGAGGCAUGAAUGCUCACUUGAGUGCACGUUCUUGCUUCCCCAAAGCACCCAGGGAAAGAAGGAUUCAUGUACGAGACUUUCUGCUGCUUAUGACUGUGUUUCAAGGGGUGAUGUAACCUCUGCAAUGUAAAGGCAAAGAACCUUGUUCCUGAGUGAAGCAGCUGAUGACUAUUUUUCCUUCACCAGACUGUGAUCAGAGGAUGCAAAGAGAAGGUGCCAUCAUGUGAAUGUGAAACAGCUAAAUAAGAAACAGGACUCCUGGGAAGGCUGAGCUGAAACCGCUUGUGCACAGAAUGACAGACUGAUUUGCUGCUGGAGACAAGAUCAGGAAACCUUGCUCCUCCAAAAGACUUUUCCCGAGUGAGAGGAGAGGAACAGGAGGAAGCACACAAAAGAGCGAUGGGAAUUGAGGGCCAUGGUUACCUGAGAUAAAUGGCAGAUCCCUGGGAGUCUAGCCUUGUAGCUGUUUGCUUUAGCUUUUUCUCUCUCUGCGGCUGCUCUUCCUUUUUCGCGAGCUGCUGCUGGGUCCUGCCACGGCGGCACUGGAGAUUUCAGGAGCGACGUGGGCGCAGCGCGUGAGGAGGGGUGAGCAGCCCGCCUCACCAUGAUUCAGCUGUGGAAAGUGGUGCGGCAUGUGCGACAGCUGGAGCUCCACAGGUUGAUCCUGCUGCUCAUUGCCUUCAGCCUGAUCUCCAUGUGCAUCCUGGCUUAUUACGUCACUAACAGCCCCAAAAUCAAGGAGCCACCGCCCCUGCCCUUCAGUGACUGCAGCAACCAGCACCGCAUCUUGAUCCCACCGCAAGCUAGCUGGAGACUCACGAAAUCCGUGGACACCUCACGCACAGAUCCUGUGGUGCUAGUCUUUGUGGAAAGCAUUUACUCCCAGCUGGGGCAGGAAAUAGUGGCCAUCCUGGAAUCUAGCCGUUUUAAAUACAGGACAGAGAUCGCCCCCGGCAAAGGGGAUAUGCCCACCCUGACAGACAAAGAUAGAGGACGCUAUGCGCUUAUUAUCUAUGAGAACAUCCUCAAAUAUGUGAACCUAGAUGCUUGGAACCGAGAGCUGCUGGACAAAUACUGUGUAGAGUACGGAGUAGGGAUCAUAGGCUUUUUCAAAGCAAACGAGAACAGCCUGCUCAGUGCACAGCUCAAGGGUUUCCCCCUUUUCCUACAUUCCAACCUGGGGCUGCGGGACUAUCACAUCAAUCCUAGUGCUCCCCUGCUCUAUGUCACUCGGGCUAACGAGGUGGAACAGGGUCCUCUGCCUGGUGAUGACUGGACUGUGUUUCAGUCAAACCACAGCACCUACGAGCCAGUGCUGUUGGCCAGCACGAAGUCCUCGGAGUCCAUUCCUCACCUGGCCACUCACAAAGCGUUGCAUGCCACCGUGGUGCAGGACCUGGGUCUGCACGAUGGGAUCCAGCGGGUUCUCUUUGGCAAUAACCUCAAUUUUUGGCUGCACAAACUCAUUUUUGUGGAUGCCAUUGCCUACUUGACUGGCAAACGCCUCUGUCUCACACUUGAUCGUUACAUCCUUGUCGACAUUGACGAUAUAUUUGUGGGAAAAGAGGGCACUCGCAUGAAAGUGUCUGAUGUAGAGGCUUUACUGAGCACCCAGAAUAAGCUGAGAACGUUAGUCCCAAAUUUCACCUUCAACCUGGGCUUCUCAGGGAAAUUCUACCACACAGGUACAGAUGAGGAAGACGAAGGGGAUGACAUGCUGCUCAAACACAGGAAGGAGUUCUGGUGGUUCCCUCACAUGUGGAGUCACAUGCAGCCUCAUCUUUUCCACAAUGUCACUGUGCUGGCUGAGCAGAUGAAGCUCAACAAACAGUUUGCUGUGGAGCAUGGGAUUCCCACAGACUUGGGCUAUGCAGUAGCCCCCCAUCAUUCUGGGGUUUAUCCUGUGCACACACAACUUUAUGAAGCAUGGAAAUCCGUUUGGAACAUCCAAGUAACGAGCACAGAGGAAUACCCACACCUACGACCUGCCCGGUACCGGCGUGGAUUCAUCCAUAAUGGAAUCAUGGUUCUGCCUCGACAGACUUGUGGUCUCUUUACUCACACUAUCUUCUAUAAUGAAUAUCCUGGUGGCUCAAAGGAGUUGGACAAGAGCAUCCGUGGUGGUGAGCUCUUCCUGACGGUGCUUCUGAACCCAAUAAGCAUCUUCAUGACCCACCUGUCCAACUAUGGGAAUGACCGUCUAGGACUGUACACUUUUGAGAGCCUGGUCAAGUUUGUGCAGUGCUGGACCAACCUUCGCCUGCAAACAUUGCCUCCAGUCCAGCUUGCAAAAAAGUAUUUUGAAAUCUUUCCCCAGGAGAAGAAUCCCUUGUGGCAGAAUCCCUGUGAUGAUAAAAGGCACAAGGAUAUCUGGUCCAAAGAGAAAACAUGUGAUCGACUCCCCAAGUUCCUCAUCGUAGGACCUCAAAAAACUGGCACAACAGCUGUGCACUUCUUCUUGACCAUGCAUCCAGCUGUCACCAGUAACUUCCCAAGUCCAUCCACCUUUGAGGAGAUCCAGUUUUUUAAUGGUCCCAACUAUCAUAAAGGAAUCGAUUGGUACAUGGAAUUCUUUCCCAUCCCCUCCAAUGCCAGCACAGACUUCAUGUUUGAGAAGAGUGCCAAUUACUUUGACACAGAGGUGGUACCAAAACGCGGUGCAGCCCUACUGCCUCGAGCCAAAAUCAUUACUGUUCUGAUCAACCCUGCUGACCGAGCCUAUUCGUGGUAUCAGCACCAGCGUGCUCACAAUGACCCUGUGGCGCUCAAUUACACCUUCUACCAAGUGAUCUCUGCGAAACCCCAGGCCCCUCAGGAACUGCGCAACCUGCAGAGCCGGUGCCUGCUCCCUGGCUGGUACUCCACACACCUGGAGCGCUGGCUCACAUACUACCCCUCAGGGCAGCUUCUCAUUGUGGAUGGUCAGGAGCUGAGACACAACCCUGCCUCUGUAAUGGACAACAUCCAGAAGUUCUUGGGAGUUACGCCGCUCUUCAACUACACCCAGGCCCUCAGAUUUGAUGAAACAAAAGGAUUUUGGUGCCAGCUGCUAGAUGGAGGAAAAACUAAAUGCCUAGGAAAGAGUAAAGGAAGAAAAUACCCUGAUAUGGAUUCCUUGUCACGGCUGUUUCUUAGAGACUUCUACCGGGAACACAACAUUGAACUAUCCAAGCUGAUGAACAGACUUGGGCAGCCCCUUCCAACCUGGCUCCGAGAGGAACUGCAGAACUCCAGCUGGAGCUGAGAGGGACGCCCCUGCCCCCAGUGCCAUUGGGAUGUGUGGUGCUCCAAUGUGUGCCAUGAUGCCAUCUCUUGUGAAGCCAAAACAACUGGACAAAUGAGCAGGAGCCAAGAAUGUGCAUGUGGAGCCUUUCCUGACCCUUGGAGAGGGCUGCUGCCUCUGACAUAGAGUGAAAGUCACAUUCUUGAGUAUUAAUGGUGUGUUAGUAUUUGACUUUUAUUUACAGGACAGAUUUGGAAUGCCUGCCCUACUAUGAGCAGAGGAGAGAGCCCAGUUAACACUUUCUGUAUGUUUAAAUUACUUUUCUCAGUCUCUGAAACCAGCACUAGCUGGAAUUAAUGUGUUAUUCCUCUGAGCCCAGAAGUAAACUGCAGAGUGAGCUAUUGAGCCCACUGCUGAGGAGAGCAGCAGCCUAAAAAAAAAGGGGAAUCUAGUCCAGUGAACCCCAAAUUCUAUCCGUAUGUGGCAUGGCAAGGUACAGGAAUGCCUUGUUCCUCCCCCUGGAGAGCAUGGUGGCCAUGCCCAUUGCUUACAGUGCCACUGCGUGUGGAUGGUGGGGACUGCACCUUCCGGGACACAGCUGUGCUAGACAAGGAAGAUUGCCUCUCCUUACCUGCAGCACUUUGGGUGUGACACAGUGCCCAGUGCCUCUCUCAGAGGCAGUGGGAGAUAAGGCAAAGCUGCAGGUAUUGACAGACACAGAAUUGCUUUGUUAUCUUAGGGAAGAGGUUGCCACACAUGGCAAUGUGGCAAGUAUUUCUCUGCAGGGACUUUGACAUUUCAAAAGAUAACCAAGGAGCACUAAUGUCCCCAUAAAGCACUUUAGAGGCAUGUGUCAGUGCAGCACAGCAGCUGGGGGAGGCAAAGCUCAGGUAUUGUCAAAUAAGGCUGAUAAGACAGCUGAAAGCAAACAAUUUGGUUCUCCAUGUCCAGUCAGCGAAAAAAAAGCAACAUUUUUCCCUCUCCAACAACUCCAGGGCCCGAACCACAUAUUCCAAUAGCUAGCACCUUUUUUUAUCUUCUUGCAGUCUAAUAAUCCAAGAAGAAAAGCAAAAAAACAGUAAAAAGUAAGUAUUGUUCAGAUAUAAAGGGAAGGCUUUGCACCAGAAGUGAUUUCCCAUGUCCAAAAGGGGCUGUUCAUUUUCUUACUUCUGCAUGUGGUCAAGUAAGUACACUAAAGGUGCUCUGCUGCCUCCUGCAGUUGCUGGAUAAUUACUCUCAGAGGAAACCCUCCAUCAUGGUUGCACAUGUUUUCUGUCCCUGAGCCGUGGGCUUCUGCAGUGGUGUGGGCCAUCGUCCCUCCUUCCUCAGCAGAGAUGGUCCUUGGAGGUUGCUGCAGUUCUAGGGAACAGAGGGGCAGGAUCCACAUGAACACAGGUUAUGGAAACUUCCAGUGUCGUGAGCUAUUUCUCUCCUAUCUCGAGAGAAGUUGCUUCAAUUGAGCUUUUCCGUUGAGCCUUAGGUAUUGUGUGUUUCUGAAUGAAUGGUGCAUUUACCAUUGUAUGUAAAUGUAUAUAGUAUGCAAUAUAGUAUUUUAUUUCAUGUGCCCUUGGAAAGGGUUAUUUUGUGCAGCCAAAAACAGGACGGAAAGACAAGAAACCGCUCUCUCACUCCUGUUAGAGAGAAAAGCCCAACUUCCUGCACUGGAUUCAUGUAUAGCAUCAUUCACAUUGAAUGAUAAUGAAGAAAUUCUUGGCUCUCGAAGCUGAGCACGUGUCUGAAUAAAGGCUAGAAGUAGUAGUAAGUAAGUGGAGAUUCAAUAAAUGUACUACUUAUUUUUCUUCUCUG